GAGAAGAGAAGGAAACAUACUUUAAAUUGUCCUGCCCCACCCAUGGCACGAGGAGGCUUCGGUGAAUUAAUAUAAGUUUUGAGCUGCCUUGAGGAUGGUGCCAUAGAAAUUGAGCUUAGUUCCCCAACUGUUGGAAUAUAGGAUACCUUCCCCCCCACCUCUACUCCCACCCUCAAAUGUAUUGCACCCAUACUAACCCUCAGCGGGCAGGAUUAUGCUCAUACAUUAUUCACCAGAAUUUAAAUUAACACUGCCAAUUCCAAUAAUUAUUUACCCUGCUGUAACUGUAGAUGAUAGGGAACAUUCUUUCUUUCAAACAAAAAACCAUAUUGUGGAAGAGAGAAAGCUACUGACUUUAAAAAGAGAGGGGAACACUCUGGUCUCACCUACCUCCAUUUCCCUACUUUCCUUAGCUUUGUGAUUUCAAAACAUAGACCUUAACAGGAAAUUCAUUGAGGAAGUAUAAAUUUUUAAGUAAAUGUUUGGUCAUCCCUAAGAAGGGCUGAUCAUAAGCACCUGCUGACCGGACCCAUUUCCCACCUGAAACAAGGUUUAAACUGGAUUUAGUUUCCACCGUCUUGGUGGUGUGGAUACUGUUCUGAAGGGACUGUGUAGCCAGAUUUUGAGUCAGUUCUGGCCUCCCACCUGUCUUUCAACUAGCAUAAAAAUGAACAUUUCCCUUCCUCCGCCUGUGCUAUUGGGCAUUUGAUGUUCUUUUUGAGGCCUGUUUGCUUGAAUAACACGAGAGAUGGUAAAAGCGGCGAGGAGUCCUGUGGCACCUUAUAGACUAACUGAAGUGUAGGAGCAUAAGCUUUCAUGGGCAAAGACCCACUUCAUCAGAUGCAACGAGAGAUGGUAGGAUCUUACAUGCUUACUUUCUGUACCUCAGAAUAUUAUUGGGAGCAUGAUAUGCCUGUUUCUUGGCUUCACUCUGUGUGAUGAGGCCAAGCACAUGCAGGUAGUUCUUAACAUAGGGUUAAUUGACCUAAAUAAAUCAAAAUCAGAUGUGCAUUCUUGAGUGGAACUCAGAGGCUUGGAUAUUCUUUCCCUCUUGCUGGUACAUCUGAGUGAGUUCAGCAGCUUGUGUAUUUUGGCACUCAGGCCUGACCAGGAACAGAAGGCAAACUGUUUGGCUUGUUUUGUCUGUCUCAUGGAUCUGUCUUGCAGUCCUGUUUCAUUUUUACACUUCAGUGGCAUGUCAGGAGGGAAGCAGAUAUUAAACACUGUGUUUACAUGUUGUGGUGUUAAGUCACGUUCCAGUAAUUACAGCUGCUAAUAGCAAUGACAUCCUGGGUACCAUCUCUUGGAGUUGGAAGUAUUCUCGAUUGGAGUGGCUACUUUGUCUAGAAGAGCUUUCUACAGGAUGGAACAAGAUUCAAAGUCCUGUGGGUGAUGAUUGCAUAUUGAUAAGUUGUUGCUUAUUUCCUUUUAUUUCACAGUCAGCAGGAGGGAGAAAAUGAAAGCAGGCUGCAGCAUUGUGGAUAAGCCAGAAGGAGCAGGAGGCUAUCACUUCCCGGAAUGGGCCUACAAAACUGAAUCGAGCCCUGGCUCCCGUCAGAUCCAGCUGUGGCACUUCAUUCUGGAGCUGCUGCAGAAGGAGGAGUUCCGCCACGUCAUCGCCUGGCAGCAGGGCGAAUACGGGGAAUUUGUGAUCAAGGAUCCAGAUGAAGUGGCCCGUCUGUGGGGCCGGAGGAAAUGCAAACCGCAGAUGAACUACGACAAGCUGAGCCGGGCCCUCAGAUAUCACUAUAACAAGAGGAUUCUUCACAAGACAAAAGGCAAAAGGUUUACCUACAAGUUCAACUUCAACAAGCUGGUGAUGCCCAACUAUCCGUUUAUUAAUAUCCGGCCCAAUGGUGGUGUCCCACAGAGCGCCCCGCCUGUCCCCACUUCCUCCCGCUUCCAUUUCCCACCCUUGGACAGCCACUCUCCCACCGAGGAUGCCCAGCCCAGCCGGUUCUCCAGCGGAUCUCUGCUGCCUUCCAGCCAGGAGCCUCUGAACGACAGCGGGGACAGGAAGCCCGACAUGCCAGAGCUGGAGGACGUCUCGUCUGACUGGCGACGUGGGGUGGAUCUCAUGGCUGCUCGGAACGCGGUGGGCGCCAGCAGCAUCAAUAAUCAGAAACGCAAGCCGGAGGUCAUGCUGCCUCUCUUCACAAGGCCUGGGCUCUACCCGGAUCCACACAGCCCUUUCGCCGUGUCUCCUCUGCCAGGGCGUGGUGGGGUCUUAAAUGUCCCCAUCUCACCGGCGCUGUCCCUGACUCCAACCCUCUUCUCCUACAGCCCCUCGCCCGGUCUCAGCCCCUUCACAGGGAGCAGCUGCUUCUCUUUCAACCCUGAGGAAAUGAAACACUACCUGCAUUCACAAGCCUGCUCGGUCUUCAACUACCACCUGAGCCCGCGGACUUUCCCUCGCUAUCCGGGGCUCAUGGUUCCACCACUACAGUGCCAGAUGCAUCCCGAAGAGCAGCCCCAGUUCCCGAUCAAGCUGCAGCCCCCUCCGGUGGGGCGUAAGAACAGAGAGAGACUGGAAAGCACUGGAGAGGCGGCUGCCCCUCAGCUAGCUCCUGCUUCCCCCCGAGUGAAGGUUGAGCCCAUGGUGGAGAAGGAGCCUGAGAGUGAAGAGCCACCAGCCAAAGGGAAGGACAAAAGUGAGAAAGAGGAAGGGCCUGGCAUGGAAAUGCCAAACACCAGCCUGGAAGGGGGGCGAGGGGCUAUAUUUGCCAGGCCAGCUGCCCCGUCCUGGCCCUCAGCACCACCAGCACCGACCCCAAUGAACCUCCCCCCUGAAGAAUCCCAGGGGCAAGUGGAAGGAGGUGGAGAGAAGCCAUCCAGAGAGCCAGCGGGAGACCCCGGGGCGCAGGAAAAGAGAGAGGAUGCCCUGAUGCCGCCGAAACUGCGUCUCAAACGUCGUUGGAACGGUGACCGGCAGGCAGACGCCCCGGAGGAGCACCAGAAUGGGAAGCUCCACUGGAACGGCAUGCUGGGGGCCCCGCACCUCAUCCCUGCGCCCAAGGCAGUGACAGCCACGGCUGCGUCGGACACCUAGGAACGAACUGGAAAGCGCUACAGUCCCUAUGUACCAGAAUCCAUGUAUUUAUGUAGCAAGGUUGCGUGGUGGGGGAGGGGGCGGGGAGGGAGACUACAAUGGUUUGAUAAUUCUAGAAACUAGGAUUUGGGGGAGGGGGGGUGUCGGGUCAUUUUAAUUGGUUUACUCGCAGGUGAGACUCCGCUUGUCCUAGCUAGGAGAGAGGUGCUAACUCUUCUGUGCAUGAGGUGGAGACCUUGCAUAAACUUCAGACAGACCAAGCCACCCUCUCCAGCGAGGCUUUUAUGAACUCCUAAUCAACUUUGUUCUCUAGUAUUUAUAGAAGCAGGAAUCUGAAUAGAGUUCCUUUUUAUGGAGUCAGGUGCAGCGACGGAAAAAGAUCUAACAGUUCCGUCUGAGGUGCGACUCUCGCGCGGCAUCAUGAGCCGCCGCUCUUUCCAGCGGCUUUGGCAGCCGGGAAUGUUGCACUGUCUUUCAAUUGAAACCGAGCUUGCAGAAAGACAAACACACAGAAACAACACAGCUUGGCACCCGGAGGAGGAAGCUGCUGAAAACUCAGCAGUCGGUAGUUUUUGAGUCAAGCUGUACUUCUGACAAACAACUCAUUAGGACUUGAAGACGCAAUGGUCGUUCUUUCAGCCUUCUUGAAAUAUUGAAAAAGCCAUGAGCAAUUGUCAAACCUUUCAGGGAAGGAAGGUCGUGGGGUGGGGGAAAAUAACCUAAUGCCUUUAAUAGAAUGCAUUAAGAUGUACCCUAGUUUUUUUUUUUUUCCUAAUAGUAUGGGUGGGGUGGGGAUGUGAUUGGAAGAUUAACCCUCUAAUUUGAUUGUGGUGAGUUCAUAGAAAAGGAAUGAGGAGAGCUUUGUUCAAUCUACUCCUUGUAUUGUUUGGUUCCCCUAUCACUUUGAGUCAUGCCUUAACUAUAUAGAUACACUUUAUGUGAUCAGGGCCUGUUGACAGAAGAAGCUUGUAUCUCGACUGAGGCUGGGUUUCCAUUUGGUGUUGGGGGCUGUCUUGCUUCCCAUGCCAUGGGGAGGAAAAUGGUUGGAUGGAUUGCGAUGGGUGUGGAUAUAAAGGAUUGUGGGGAGGGACGAGAGUAGCUCAGGGAGGCACUGAAGACGGUGUUCUGGUGGGUGCGAGAGAAGUUCUGGGGUGAGUUUGAGAGGCGAGCAGGUGCUGGAAAGCAUGGCGGUGCUCUGAGUCAUGAUGGUGGCGACUCAGACCUGGCUUUGUAAAUCUUGCCACAGUAUUUGCGAUCAGCCUGCCGGUCCCCUGGAUAGCUGUGUGUCUCAUUAGAUUAAUUGGCCUGGGCUUCAGAUUACACUGAGGAACGUGAUUCUUUCCUGUUGCUUUGGGACUAAUUUCUAAUGAUUCCUUGAAAGGAACUGAACGAUUGAUCUCUGCAGGGAUGAAGUUGUAUCUCUAGUAUUGUCAUGUAUUCCUGCAAGUCUAGCAGGCAGUCUCCUUUAAUAGAGAGCUUCGCAACGCUAAGGCAGGGGCAGUGUGUGAAUGAGUAGAGUAUUACUUGUGUAUGCUAUCAGGCAACUCUAACCCUGGACUGCAUGGUUAAGAGAGCAGCUAGCCUGCUAAGCGUGUGGCCAGUAAGUUGUUAACCUGACCGGCGUGAGGUAAAAUAGUGUACGUCGUUCCAGGAGCAGUCUUAGAAGUGCUGCUUUGUAUGGUAACUGCUGCCUGAGAGCUGGUGGCAGGAUCGUGUCACCCCUGGGUUGCAGAAGAGGUGGUCUGCUUACUGGGGGUAGCUC